AUGGAACUCGAUGUUUUGUUCUUUGUAAUUUUUCAUGGAUUUAUUUCGACUUGUGGACUUUUUUUCAAUAUUUGUCUAUUUUAUACAGCAUUGUUUUAUUCACCAAAAUCUAUGCGAAGUUAUAGCAUUUUGAUUUUGAAUUAUUCAAUAACAGAUUUUCUUGCCUGCGCUGCAGACUUAUUCCUUCAACCUCGCCAAAUUCCAACAGGUUUUUCGAUUGGAGUUAUAAGCAAUGGACUUUGUCGACUUUUUAAAAGUGAUACAAUUUGUUAUUUUGGUUACAGUAAUCUUCUUCAUCUAAUAACACAUACUCAAUGGUCCCUACUUUUAUCAUUUUGUUUUCGUUAUUAUGUUUUAUAUCGUCCAGCUCCUUCUACCAGAAAUAUCUUGCUUUUGAUAUUUUUUAUAUAUCUCCCAUCGUUUUUUCAAUUAGUGAGUAAACUCGUAAAACACUUUUCUCAUAUUUUUUUCAACAUAGAUCUCAUUUAUGUGGGCGCAAGAUGAUUCAGAAAAAGUUAAAGAAAUUAUAAAUCGAAAGUUUCCGGAUUAUAACCUCACUGGUCAAAUAGUUGUUGGUCACACUGAUAUUCGAAACUUUGCCGCAUUAUACACCAUUUGUCACAUUACAAUUCCAAUAACUCCAAUCUACAUAACUAUUUUAUAUUUGCGAAAAAAGAUUUUGAAUCAUCUAGAAGAAUCAAGAAUUCACAUGACUCCUGAUACUUUAUCAAUGCAUAAUCAAUUACUUCGAGCUUUGACAAUUCAAGCUUGUCUUCCAUCAUUUUUUUGGAUUUCUGUUGUAGCAUACCUCCUUUCACAAUUUAAUAUUUACAACAGUCCGAGUUGUGAAUAUUUAAUAUUCACAUGUGUCAUGUUCAUUCCGAUUUUAUCUCCACUUGUCUCACUUUACACUAUUCGACCAUAUCGACAACGAGUUUAUCGAUGUAUUCAUCAAAAAAAUGCACAUGUUCAUGACAGUCACUUUGAAGAGACCAAAAAUUCACAAGCAUCAAAACCUUAAUCUUUUUAAAUUAUUUCUGACGAGAUAUGUUUGAAAAACUAUAUUCAUAAAUUUUAUUGAUUUUCUACCAUUCAAUAAAAUCGCCCAGUGGACAAUUCGUAUAGAAAUAUUGUCAUUCCAAAAAUAAAAGAACCCCUGUUUGAAUUGGCGCUCACGUACAGAGACUUAAAAAAAUGACGUCACACAUGCACAAUAGUCAGCGUGUAAAUUUCGCAUUUUAUUUUUCAAAUAGACUCCAAAAUUUCGCGAAGUCAAUGAAGGUCAAAUCUCACCUGUUAGUUUUGUUCCUCCCCCCCCCGCCCAAACCUCAAAAUAAACUAACUUGACUGGCCCGUUCCGUGAGAAUUUGUUGAUAUCUUCGAAUGUCCUGUCCAAACGAAACAUCUUCUUGUUCGAAAGCCUGAAACUUCUACAUUCUUUUUUUUUUCAAAAUUUUCGCCUAUUCUUAAACUUACAUCAAAAAAUGAAAAUUGUGGAUUUGAUAGGCCCACUGCAUUCUGUGACUGUUGUGUCUGAAAAAAAUAAGAAAAUUAAAAAAUGUACCAAAUCACCCCAUUAAUAACUUUUUUCUGCGCUGAAAAAAACCACUCAAAAACCAGAAAAAAAACAAAAAAUAAAAUUGUCGUACAAAAAAAAAUAAAAAAGAAAAACAACGAUACUCCGCGUGCACGUUGUUUAGUUUAUUUUGUUGUUUUUUUGCAGGGUAGACGAGAGAGUGUGGGAAAUGGAGAGAGGGUUAGAGAGAGAGAGAGAUAGAGAUAUGUUUUUUAUUUGAGAAGAAAUUAUUGAUUGAACGUUUUUUUUCGAACUGAAUCAUUUUUCUGUUUUUUUCAGCGCAGAAAAUGUUAUUUAUGGGGUGAUGUGUUAUUUAUGGGGGGUGAUUUGGUACAUUUUUUAAUUUUCUUAUUUUUUCAGAGACAACAGUCACAGAAUGCAGUGGGCCUAUCAAAUCCACAAUUUUCAUUUUUUGAUGUAAGUUUAAGAAUAGGCGAAAAUUUUGAAAAAAAAGAAUGUAGAAGUUUCAGGCUUCCGAACAAGAAGAUGUUUCGUUUGGACAGGAGAUUCGAAGAUAUCAACAACUUCUCACGGAACGGGCAAGUCAAGUUAGUUUAUUUUGA